AUGACUUUCAAUGCUUCGCAAUGUGGGGGCCAAGGCAUCGGAGCCUGCGGAAGGGGCCAGCAAUGGCACCAAGCACUGCGUGUUCUCGGCCUCGCCAGAGGGGCAGCCUUGGAGUCGGACUCCGACCGACGUGUCGCAAAAAACCGAUCGACGAGAAGCCUGGGAGUCGAUGUUUUGAGUCUUUGGAGGACCUCCAAAGCAUCAGCGCCACAAUCACGGCCUGCGAGAAGUCCGCUCGCUGGUCUCCGGCAGCUCGGCCUGCGCUUUGGCUUCGGCGCUCUUUGGCUUCAGAUUCUCGUGUCAGCGCUGUUCUCUUUCGCUGCCCAGGCCCUCCGCUGUCUGGAUUCUUUGCUUUGCGGGCAGCUGGAGAUGGAUGCUGUCGCGCUCAGUGCGGCAGUGAGUGCUCGCAGCAGCAGUCAGCCCUUGCCAGCACAUCUUCUGCCUGGGUUACGGGUUAGCCCGGAUAAUGCCCAGACCGACCCACCUUCAAAUUCGCAUUCAGCCCGCUUGGGGCUCCGAGGUGCUUGUGGUCAGGGCAGUGCUUGGACACGGGCGAUAUGCAUUUUUGCCGCGGCAGCUCUGGGUGCCGUCGCGUGCAACUCCGCGAUUUCUGGCUGUGAGCGUGCUGGGCGGUGGCAGCCUGCCUUGCAAACUCUGCACGGUAGCUUUCACAGGAGACUCCCGCCCACGACUAUUGGAUUCAAUGCCGCUAUAAGCGCAUCGGAGGAGGAUCGCCAGUGGCAAAGGUCCUGCUCCCUCUUCACUUCACUUCUCGAGGUUCCGCUGGUACCCACCAUCGUCACUUUCGGUGCGGCUGCAUCUUCACUUGCCUCAGCGCGUAGGUGGAGGAGGUCGCUUCAUGUUCUCGACCAGUUGAAGCACUGGGAGGUGACUGCCAAUGUCGUGGUCUUCAAUGCUGUACUGAGUGCCCUGGCAGUGGCUCGGCGGCCGGAGCUUGCAAGAAGCCUCCUGGAUGUGAUGCGCGGAAGGAGUAUCGCACCAACUGUGAUCAGCUACAACAGCGCAAUCACCGCAUGCGAGUCCGUGGGAGCUUGGGAAGAAGCGUGGCAUCUGCUGAUGGAGAUGAAGAACAGACGACUCCUUCCAGACUUGAUCAGUUUCAACAGCGCCAUCAGCUGCUGUACUCUGAGUGGCAGCUGGCAAAGGGCCUCUCAUCUCUUGCUCUCCUUGCUGCAAGCGGGACUUUCCCCAGACGUUGUGAGCUUCGGUGCAUUGAUUGGGGCUUGUGCUGGCGUCGGACAGUGGCAGCAGGCUUUGGCAUUUGUCUCUUCGAUGGAUCUCUACCAGUUGGUACCAAAUCUUUUGACGGUCAACUCCCUGGCAUCUGCAUUCGAGAAAGGCUGCCAGUGGCAGCGUGUGCUGCAGCUGUUGAUGUAUGACGCCGACCUCAUCACCUACAAUUGUGCGCUCCUCGCAUGCGAAAGAGCUGGCCAGUGGCGGGCAGCUGCGCAACUGCUGGCGACGAUGGAAGAGGCCUUUGUGCAAGCGGACCUGGUCAGUUUCAACACCGCCGGCCUCUUGUGUGAGCGACACGGUUGCCGGGAAUGGCUCGAGGUGUGCCUGGGUCGACUUGCAGACAUGCUGCAGCAGGAGUUGGUGAAGGAAACGGCGCCUCGCCUUGGGUUCCAUAUCGCGUUGUCUCGGUAUGACAGGUUCAGCUUCUUCGGGAUGAUGGCCAAGCAAGUCUCCCUGGAGCAUCCCAGCUUCGGUCGGGGCCGCGUCGGCUCUUGUAAUCCACUUCGGCAUGCGGCCAUGCACAGAUGCGCAGACGGCCCCGGGCCGUGCUUCGGAGGCGUGUUCUUGGCAGACACCGACGCGGAGGUCAGCGAGAUCUCCUUCGGUGGAUCUUCGGAGGCUGGCGGGCGGCGGGUCACGGUUCACGGAGCUUUGAAAGGGGAGCACCGGCGGCCGCCGGCCCGGCCCGGCGAGGACAAAGUGGCCUCUCCCUUGACUUGGGCGCCAGUGGCUUUGCCGGACCUGGGCUAUUGGCAGGCCGGCGGGGAAUUCGGGAAGUCCACCACUGCCAAUGUUUUUGGCAGGUGGAGAUCAAGGCAAUCCGCAUCGGUGACAGGUCCGACACUGACAAGUAGCUCGUUGGAGCGAGUGUUGCAAGCUGCACAGGGUGAGUCCGCACGGACCCUAGACUACUGUGCUGACGGCCAGUGCCGAGCCGUUGUGGACACCGGCACCUCUCUUCUUGCAGUUCCAGAAGACUUUGCGGAUGGUCUGCAAGAGGCCCUUGAGCGGCGGCUGGAGGAUCCGGAUCAAGGUCCCGACGGAGGUGUUGAUUGCCAGCGGGCACGUGGGGAGCCCCUACACUUUGAUGUUGAGGGCACCACGCUGACGCUUCUGCCGGGUGACUACUCGCGCCAGGCUGUUCAUGCUGAAGAUCUUCGCGAGGGCAGCUUCGACGAGCUGAAGGAUGAGCCGAACAGCCUUCCAGCAGAGAAGGCUACGGCCCCAAGUGCCAACAGUACUCGGCCAACUUGCCAGCCCACCAUCAUGCCGCUGGAGCUGCCUGAGCCCUUGGGCCCAAAGCUUUUCAUUUGGGGCGAGCCCGUGCUUCGCAAGUACUACACCGUCUACGACUGGCAGGAUCAGCAGAUCGGCUUCGCACUUGCAAAGCACAUGCCCAGUGAGGUUUCCGCGGACGAAGAGGCGAAGCAACUCCGGGGCCGUGGUCUCCUCUUCGCAUGA